GUAAAUCUCCUCUCUUUUUGUCCGUCACUCCAAGAAAGGAACAAAGCUCACCGAUGGCGAGGGGCAGUUCGCAGUCGCAGGCGUCGUCGAACGCGGGGGGCGCGCGGCCGGUCACUGUGGGGCCGCGGGGGUCGGCGGCGGCCGCUGCGGGGAUGCGGCGGAGACGGCUCGGCAGCGGCGGGGCUUCUGCUGGUGGGUUCUCUGGCGGCGGGAGCAAUAUGCUGAGGUUCUACACUGAUGAAGCCCCGGGUCUCAAGAUGACGCCCACCGUGGUCCUGGUGAUGAGCCUCUGCUUCAUCGGCUUCGUCACCGCUCUCCACGUCUUCGGCAAGCUCUACCGCUACCGAUCCGCUGCCACAGGCGGUUCUUGAUCCUCCCGUCGCUCGAUCUCGCUUGCACUUGUCUACAAUUCACUCCUUUCUCAGAAAUCCAAGGAUGCACACCAAUUUGCUUGGCAAUUACAUGUGCUCUAAAUAUUGGGGAACAGACUCCUGAGAGAAAAAGGCCACGUGAGGUUGGGUGCCUAUCCUCUCGCUGUAAGGCUAUUGGCUCUUGUAAAGAACCAGCUAGCUUGAUGGUAAGGACUCUUGGUGGAUAUACUUCAGAGUGAGUUUGGCAUGCCUAAAAGGAAAAGAGGACAUGAGUAGCUGAAGAUCAUUAAAAUUAAAUAUCUGCCUUUUGCUGCAUUUUUGUUUUCCCCGAAGGCUGCAGGGGAAACCCUCAAGUAUUUUGGAAGUUUUAUCCCCAUAGGUCUUUCUAUCUACUGUUAGAUAUAUGUUAGCAAGUCAGCUGUAAAAUCUUAUUGACGGGUAACACAAGUGGCUGCAGGAAAAAUCUUCACGCUGAGUAAAAUUUUGGAAGGCAUGCAUAGUUACCUUGAUAUU